GCAGGCUCCCCGCAGCCCGGCCCCCUGCCCGCGUCCCCCCGCCCCGAAGCGGCCGUGCGCGGCGUGCCGGCCCCCUCCUCCGCCCGCCGAUAAAUCCCACUGCCGGGGGGGCUGCGCCGCACUCGCGGCUGCCGGGCUGAGGGCAAGCGGGGGGACACCCCCUGCCUGUCCCCCACCCCCCCAAAAAAAUCCCCCCUCCCCUCCGGGAGAGACCCCCGACCGGGGGGGGACCGGAGCUGCCGCUGGAGCACAGCUGCACUAAAUUUUCCACAGACAAGAGCAUUAGUAAUUUUAACUUUGAUUGAGAACUGCUAUUAUCCACUCACAGCAUGUGGGAGCAAACAGGCACUUGGAUAAAUCACAAAAAAGAAAACCACUUAGCAAGCUGCUUCCCUCAAUAACACCUUUUUCUGAAGGUACAAGGCUGAGUGCUGUAGGGAGAGUGUGUGUGAAGAGAAAAGCGAGGCUGCAACAGCGCAUUGAAGCGCACUCAAGGUCAGCCCCCCUCAUGGAAGACCAAGAGGUCACGUUUUGCUUGGAAGGUAUUCUGAAAUGUUUAAAAAAUUUAAGUAAUUAAAUAAUUCAGCAAGUGAAAGCCAUCAGGAUUCUAAUGCAGUGUUAAUGGGGUCUUUCAGGAAUCGCAAAGAUCAGCUUCAAGAAUGACAGAACUGGAGCCAUUAGCAAGCUCAUCCAGCAGUAAUCAUCCAUCAGAGGUGAGCAUCUCCAUAUCCUGAUGCAGAGGAGCGUGAGGAGCAGCACAACAUUCCUGCCUGCAGCCGCUGCAAGAGGCACGGGAUAUGUGCAGAUAGUCUCCUGAAUUCCCUCAUUUUCCUGCUGCAGACUGUCAGCCCAGGGGCGUGUUUGCCACCGCUCAGCAAUGGAUGAAGCUGGCAGUGACUCCACCAGGCUGAGUAGGUGCAACAGUCAGUGGGAGACCAUCUUCUCAACCAGUGCUAGGUGAAAAGCAGUUCGACCUGGUUUGUAAUAUGGAAUACCUCUCAUGUGGUCACUGAGAUGAAGAGGUGAUGGACAGGCUCCAGCGAACUGCAACACCAUUUUGGAUCGGGUAUUUCCUACCCAGAGCGCAGGCAGUGCCAACGUGGCAGAAGAGAAUGAGGAGUAAGGGCUCCAGCUGCUUCUCCACUGCUCAUCGGCUUCUGCAGGCCUCACCUCCGUGAGGCAGCCUGGCGGUCCCGGGCAGUAUUCAAACUGGGCAAAGUGUGGUGAGAAACAGACAAUUUCAUUCUCCUUGUUAAUGCUGGGAUAGCCUCCAGAUUAAAUUCCACCUCCUGGUAACUCGAACUGGAUGUAUCUACUACCAAAGGCCUAUGGAAAGGACCUGAACCAGAGGAGGUUUGGCCCUUCACAUCUGCGGUGUGGAAUCCAGUGAUACUUUAUUCUGAUUAGGAGGUCUAAUACAGUGAAUAGAGCAUAUAAAACUGUCUACUGUGUUUCGUCAUAUAUCAUUUGCUGAAGCAACCUACAGCCAUCCAAGCUGUUUCAGCCUCCCUCUCACAACCCUGAGAGAUGCUGUCCCAGCCACGGGGUCCCUGCGUCACCAGCACCUCAGCACUGACAGAGCAGUGUGAUGCCUUCAGAGCUUUCAGAGGGUCCCUCACCUUUUACUGGGCAUCUGAAACUGCCGUGGGGAGAGGCAGGAGGCACCCCGGGGCCUGGCUGUCCCCACAAAGACCGAGUGACCGCCUCUGGGGCAAGAACUUUGGGAGCGCUUGGGCUGCGCAGCAGGAAAACAAUGAGCAGGAGAAAACCUGGAAGCUUUUUGCUGUGCUGUUGAAUAUGGAGAUAUAAAAACUUUUGUACCUGGAGCAUCUCUGUCCCUCUUUCCAAUGGGUGACAUCUGAAGCUGGAACUACCCGCUACCUGCAGCAGCCACUUCCUUCACUGUGCAUCCUGCGGGGGCAAAAUGAAUUUCACAAAUUGCACCACUGAAGCCAACGUGGCUGCAAAGCCAAAAACUGUAACUGAAAAGAUGCUUGUUACCCUGACCUUGGCCACAAUCACAACCCUGACUAUGCUGCUGAAUUCUGCUGUGAUUGCAGCAAUCUCCACAACCAAGAAGCUCCACCAGCCAGCAAAUUAUUUAAUAUGUUCGCUAGCUGUGACAGAUCUCCUUGUUGCUGUCCUUGUCAUGCCCUUGAGUAUCACUUACAUAAUGAUAGACAAAUGGACUUUGGGAUACUUCAUCUGUGAGAUCUGGCUUAGCGUCGACAUGACCUGUUGCACGUGUUCGAUUCUUCACCUGUGUGUCAUUGCUCUGGACAGGUACUGGGCAAUCACAGAUGCCAUCGAAUAUGCCAGGAAAAGAACAGCCAAAAGGGCUGGGCUGAUGAUAGUCACCGUGUGGACUAUCUCCAUUUUCAUAUCCAUGCCCCCUUUGUUUUGGAGAAAUCACCACAGCGUCAAUAUUCCCAGUGAGUGCCGCAUUCAGCACGAUCACGUCAUCUACACUAUUUAUUCCACAUUCGGGGCAUUUUAUAUACCUUUGACUUUGAUCCUGAUUCUGUACUACAGGAUCUACCACGCUGCAAAGAGCCUUUACCAGAAGCGGGGUUCGAGCCGCCACCUCAGCAACAGGAGCACCGACAGCCAAAACUCUUUUGCCAGCUGUAAGCUCACACAGACGUUCUGCGUCUCGGACUUCUCCACCUCCGACCCAACCACGGAGUUUGAUAAAAUCAACGCGUCCGUGAGGAUCCCUCCUUUUGAGAAUGACCUGGACCUGGCUGGUGACCGGCAGCAGAUUUCCACCACACGGGAGCGAAAGGCUGCUCGCAUUUUGGGACUGAUCUUGGGUGCUUUCAUUUUGUCCUGGUUGCCCUUUUUCAUCAAGGAGCUGCUGGUGGGCCUCCACGUUUGCACUGUGUCUCCAGAAGUAGCAGAUUUCUUGACCUGGCUUGGAUAUGUCAACUCCCUUAUCAACCCUUUGCUGUACACUAGCUUUAAUGAAGAUUUCAAACUGGCCUUCAGAAAGCUCAUCAGGUGUCGAGAACAUUCUUAAAAGUACUGGGAGAUGAUGAUGAUGACACUACUCCUGGCCUUAAGAAUGAGAAAAAUAAUUUGACUACUGUCAUUUCCCUUGACAAAGGGAAAAAGGGAUGUUUGUGUUUGCCUCUUUGCUCGACUUCUCUUUAGCCUGUAAAUUUGUUUUGCUGUUUUUUUUACCUCUGGUGUUAUUCACGGUAAAGAAUUUGAAUAAAUUUAUUCUACAAAGAAACAGAUUUUUUAGCAAUGAAACAAACAAAACAUUAGAUAGUCAUGUUUACGGCAUUCUGUGUAAUCAACGACUUGAGAAGAAAACAACAAUAUUCACAUUUCUUUUAUACUUUUUUAAUUUAAGAAGUGAAUGUCUAACUUAACAUGCACUGUAGUAAUAUGAAGACUUAUAAACUGAAUCCCAUAUAUAUGCAUUCAAAAAUUAAUAAACACUUCAUGGUCAUAACAUCUAACAAAAAAAUCUUUACUGUGGCAUUUUGAAAAAAAACUGUAACAGUUUUUUUAGGACAGAAGCCACCAUUUCCAGAACAGAUUACAGCAAAAUAAACCAUUCUAUUCUUCUUAGCCCCACAGAAAUACACUGCCAAAACAAAAAACAAAGUUCAGUUCAUGUCUUCUAAAAGCAGAUCCCAUUUUGUAGUCCAAAAUAAUCAUUUAAGUGGCUCUUUUUAUUGUGCACGUUGCCUGAUUUAUGUUAAAAGUAUUGGACAGAGUCUGAAGUUUGUUUAACAACUGAGAAAACGCAACUAUCAGGUGUCAUGCUUGUACGACCAGCUGCACAUCUGACUGGUCACCUUUUAAUACUGCUAUUAAUUACGGCAUUUCUUCAGGGCUCAAGCCUUGUGCCUUGGUGGGUGACACCUGUGGGGUGGUAAUUAUUCAGUUUUUCCCCACUUCCUGUGGACCUUGCAGUGCACAACCCCAUGGAUCGAGCAACCUUACCCCACAGACUCAGAGAGACGUGUGCCUUCUCAGAAGGCCAGUAAUGUAUGGUGUUCAGAAAUAUCAUCUAAAAAAAAACUAAUUACUUUCUAUUUGAACAGCAUCAGCAGAAAAAUAAAUAAAGAAAAAAAAAAAAAGAUAGGGAAAAGAACUUUUUAAAACUUAGAACUUUAAAACAGCAGUAUGCAUGUCUGUAUUAUCUUCAUCUUACAAUUCACAAUGGCAUUCUUGAAACUUAACCUAUGAUCAAGUCCUCUAGCAGAAUUUCUUGUUUUGGCAGUCCACCAAGGAGUUUCUUCCCUUGUCCAGACAAAGACAGAAUCCUUUGUAUGCUGUCUUCUGUGCUUAUGGAUGUUAAAAUGCCCUGGUUCAAACAUUUUGGAAAUCAGGCUGGGAAGAGACAAAAUCAAAACUAAGAAUCUGGUACUGUCCAUUGGUAUAUCCUAAAUACUGCUUAGGUAUUGAUUACUUAUCUUGCACCAUAAUCUUCUCCUCUGCCCAUUUUUCUGGACAAAUUCUUUUUGAAUUAAACCAAUAUACCAUAUAGAAAAUAUCACAUAUAUCAAGCUGACAUGCAAUAACAGUGAACUACAGCAUGGCAGCUCCAAAUCCAUCAAAACAAAUAUUAGAGGUAGCAGAAAUGUUGUAACAGCACUGGAAGCCAGCCCUGAAAAAUGUUUUGAAAAUUUACAGCACAACGAUCAUUUUUCUUAUCAAGAGUCAAGGAAGUGUAAGUAACAUGAGUAAUAAACUCCAGAUGGAGCUGAGAAAUUACAUCCUUAUUUCUGAAGGAAAGCGUUCAGUUGGAAAGAUGCAGUUCUGCAAGCCGAGUGUAAAUCAAAUCUGAAGGUGACAAAAGUGUGACCUACUGCUUACCCACAUUCAGUGGGACUCUGCUUCAAGGACUACAAGUUUCCCAUGCCUAGAUUUAGGAGGCUUAUCUCCAGCUGCCCUUCUGAAGCUGUCAUCACUGCUGUCUUCCCCAUCUGCCUUUGGGUUCCCUACUAAUUAUUAUUAAUAACUAAAAAGAGGGAAAAAAACAAUCAUCCCAACCACUGAGAAUGUCUUCCAAUGUGGAAGCCCAGAGAUCCAUAAUGGUUUUUCCCUUUCUCAACUUGCUGGAGAUGGAAACUGUCAGCUGAAGCUGGGAGUAGUGGCCUGACCCUGCCCAUCUGUGUAACUCCCAAAGCAGCUUCACGGAGUACUUACGCUAUUAGGGAAAAAAUGGUUGAAGGACCAGAAGUGAUGAGCAUGAUCUCCGUAGAAGCUGCUGCAGGUAGGUAGACAUAUUUCAGACAGGUAUGAAAGCUGUAAAAUAGAGGGGCUGCAUUAUUUUCGUUUCUAGCAGUCCUUCUGCUAUCUGAUCUGCACUAUUAUCACUCAAACCACCCAUCAGUGUCAGGUUGAAGACUGUGUUUAGAUUUAAUAUUUAGAGGUAAUUAACAGGAAAAAACAGAUGGCUGGCUAAUUUUCGUGCUUCCCUGUUAAAUAAAGACUCACCAUUCACUGCCAGCUGACUACUGCUUUUCUAAUUAAGUCAUUAGCUAAACACAGAGCUAUGUUUUCUAACAAAUGCCACUAGACUAAUGAAGAUGUCCUGUACAUUUUCCACACGCACAAAGUCAGGAACAGUUUAAAGUACUGUUUACAUAUAACAAUUUAACUUGACCAGAAAUUACCUGUUAUCUGAUGGAAAUAAAAACCUUUGCUAGUCUGGCA